AUGUCUUCCGAGUACAACUAUGAUGACCAGGGUCAAUUCUUCCCUUUCUUCAUGCUGACCAUGGUUGGCUUGGUCACUGUUCCUCUUACCUACAAUGUCUUCAAACCCUCCACAGAUCUGGAGCAAACCGCUGCACGAAUAGAUUCAGACUUCAAACCCAAAGAUGCCGACCUGAUUGAAGCCCAAAGGAAGAGACGUAAGAGGAAGAAUCGCAAGACAAAGAGAAUUAUCACCGUCAUUCUUGGCUAUACCUUCAUGGCCUACAUGGGCUACCUGAUCUACACCACCCAGCGAAUAGCGCCCAAGUUAUGGGAUCCUUACGACAUUUUGGGCGUCUCAAGGAGUGCAACAGAGAAACAGAUCGAUAAAUUCUACAGGAGACUCGCCAUUACGCACCACCCGGAUAAAGCCAAACCGGAUUCUGCCAAGAAUGAGACACUCGAAUGGAUCAACGAUCGAUGGGUUGAAAUGACAAAAGCCUACAAGGCUUUAACCGAUGAAGAAGUCAGGAACAACUACCUGCAGUACGGGAAUCCAGACGGAAAGCAGUCCACCAGCAUAGGAAUCGCUCUGCCUAAGUGGAUGGUUGAAGAGGGCAAUCGCUGGAUUGUUGUUGCCUUCUAUGGCAUCCUCUUGGGCAUCAUUCUGCCUUACACCCUGGGCAAAUGGUGGUACGGCACCCAAGCCCUCACCAAAGACAAAGUCCUACACGCCAGCGCUGGCAAUUUGUUUCGAGAGUGGCAGGAAGAGAUGUCAGAAGGCGAGGUCAUUGCAGCCACGAGUGUGGGUGAGGAAUUCAAAGAAACGCUGAAAGGAGCAAGAAGUGAUGCUGGUGCCGCUAAGGUCGAAACCAAGGUCCUCAACAGUUCCGUCUUGACUGCUGCAGACAAGGCAAGGCUGAAAGCAAUCGAUGACCCGGUACGACGAAAGACUUUGGCCUUACUAUGGGCCUACCUCGCUCACAUUGACCUUGAAGAUCCAGAAUUGGAAAGGGAGAAGUACGAGGUUGCCCCAACGGCUCUGGCUCUGAACAAUUCUUUCACCUCCAUCACUCUACCAUUCGGAGCUGUCAAUCCACUCCUGGCUUCCUACCACACAUCACAGAACAUUAUCCAAGCUGUACCUCCAAACUCUUCGCCCGUACUACAGUUGCCACAUUUCACUCCUCAAAUAAUCGAGAAGAUCUCUAAGGAGAAUCCUAAAACACCAAUUACCCUACCUAAACUAAUGGCAUUGCCACCAGCCAUUCGUCGCAAUCUCUGUUCCGACCUUUCUCAGGUUCAGUACGAUCAAGCCAUGAAGGUUGCAGCUCAAAUCCCUUACCUCCACGUUGAGAAGGCCUUCUUCAAGGUCGUGGGUGAGCGAGUAGUAACACCAUCAUCGCUGGUACAACUUGUUAUCAAAGCUCGCGUCAUUCCCCCAGGUACCAUGAAUGUUCCGGAGGUCAACACCCUCGAUCUUGAAGACAUUGACCCUGAAGAAGGCGAUCUCGAUGCUCUACACGGUCGCAAAUCAGCCAAGUCUAAACGUCGCAAACUCCCAGAUGGUCGAUAUAUUGAGGACGACAGCAUCCCUGGAUCUGUCCAACCUCCCCUCGCUCAUGCACCCUACUUUUCCGCAGAUCAUGCACCACGGUGGCAUGCGUUCCUUGCAGAGGCUCGUACAGGUAGAAUCUCCGUGCCACCGUUUACAUUCACUGCAUUUGAUAAGCCGAUUUUCAACGCUGACGGAUCACCAACAUUCAACGUCUUGACCUUCAAGUGCUCCUUCCAGGCACCUCCACAAGUCCACGCCUUCCCAUUCGUGAUGCAUCUCGUUUGUGACAGCUAUAUCGGACUGGAUUCGAAAGUGGAUGUCGUGUUGGAUGUCAAGGACGCAAGUGAAGCAAAUGUGGUCGAGAGCGACGAGGAUAUCAGCGAGCCCGAAGAAGAUUCACUAGCCGGCCAACUUCAGGCCAUGAAAACAGGCGGCCUCGCAGGCUCACCGACGGCGACGAAGAAGAAGAAGAAAAUGCCCCAAGCGGCUCCCGUUGCGGUUGCGCAGACCGCGGAAGCCGAUAGCGACGACAGUGACACCGAGGGCUCGGCUGAUGGCAGCGACACGUCUGAGACGGAUACCGAGACUGAGGACGAGGGUGAUGACUGA